UUGGCAAAAGCUCAUUUUCCAAUAAAUUGAAAUCAACCUUCAGUCACAAACACAGACCCACGAAAAAGCCUUCGCUCUCCGAUCAAUGAUUCUUCUUCUUCUUUCGUAAUCAGAAGGAAGGAAGAGUGAGAUCUCUGACCAAGUCAGCAAAGCAAACAACAAUGGGAAAGGUGGCAGUGGGAGCAGCAGUGGCUUGCGCAGCCACGGUAUGUGCUGCGGCGGUGUUGGUGGUUCGCCACCGCAUGAAGAAUUCAGGUAGGUGGGCUGCGGCGAUGGCGAUCCUUAAGGACUUUGAGGAGAAGUGUGCUACACCCAUUGGGAAGCUCAAGCAGGUCGCCGACGCCAUGAACGUGGAGAUGCACGCCGGCCUUGCUUCCGAAGGAGGCAGCAAGCUCAAGAUGCUAAUCACCUAUGUCGACAAUCUCCCGACUGGGAAUGAGAAAGGAUUGUUUUAUGCCUUGGACCUUGGAGGAACAAACUUCCGUGUAUUGCGGGUGCAGUUGGGGGGAGAGGAUGCUGGAAUUAUCAAUCAAGAAUUCGCUGAGCUGUCAAUUCCUCCGGACCGGAUGGUUGGAACAUCAGAUGGACUGUUUGACUACAUUGCGGCAGAGCUUGCUAAAUUUGUUGCUAAAGAAGGACAAGAUUUUCAACUUCCUCCUGGAAGGCAGAGGGAACUAGGGUUUACUUUUUCAUUCCCUGUGUUGCAAUCAUCAAUUGAUUCUGGGACCCUUAUCAGGUGGACGAAAGGCUUCUCGAUAGAUGAUGCAGUUGGCCAAGAUGUUGUGGCUGAAUUGACCAGAGCCAUGGAAAAACAAGGACUUGAUAUGCGUGUCUCAGCUCUGGUCAACGACACAGUUGGUACACUAGCUGGAGGUAGAUACAGCAACAAGGAUGUUGUUGCUGCUGUGAUUUUAGGUACUGGAACAAAUGCAGCAUAUGUGGAACGUGCACACACAAUACCAAAAUGGCAUGGCCUUUUACCUAAAUCUGGAGAGAUGGUUAUCAACAUGGAAUGGGGUAACUUUAGGUCAUCACAUCUUCCUUUGACAGAUUAUGACAAUUCUUUGGAUGCUGAGAGUUUAAACCCUGGUGACCAGAUUUUUGAAAAGAUCAUUUCUGGCAUGUAUUUGGGAGAAAUAGUUCGCAGAGUUUUAUGUAGGCUUGCUGAAGAAGCUUUCCUUUUUGGGGACACUGUUCCACCAAAAUUGAAAGCUCCAUUUAUUUUGAGGACGCCUCACAUGUCUGCAAUGCAUCAUGACACAUCUGCUGAUCUUAAGGUGGUCGGGGACAAAUUGAAAGAUAUCUUGGAGAUAUCUAAUUCUUCUCUGAAAGUAAGAAAAGUUGUAGUUCAGCUCUGCAAUAUUGUUGCCACAAGGGGGGCUCGCCUUUCUGCUGCUGGGAUUUUGGGCAUUCUUAAGAAAAUGGGAAGAGAUACAUUCAAGGAUGGGGAGAAACAGAGAACAGUGAUAGCUUUGGAUGGUGGAUUAUACGAGCAUUACGCUGAAUAUAGCAAGUGCAUGGAAAACACACUAGCCGAAUUGCUUGGAGAGAAAGUCUCUGAAAGCAUCAUUAUUGAGCACUCUAACGAUGGGUCUGGAAUUGGAGCUGCCCUUCUUGCUGCUUCUCACUCCCAGUAUCUUGGAGUUGAGGAAUCCUAAAUACUCCAAUCCUCGAGUUUCUUGCUACAGUUACAUCUCGGCGCUUUUAUCCUUCUUCCUGUUCUUCUAUAAGCUCUCUCUCUCUCUCUUUUUUUAAUUUAAUUUUUUGUUUUUUCAUCUUGUUAUUCCCUUUCUUUGGCUUUUUUCUUCUUUUCGAUCCUUUUUUAGUUUAGGAAAUUGUUCUGUGAAUUUAUAAAUUUAUGACGGUGCAGCACAUUUAAGAAAGCUGGAUAUUGACUGUAUAAAAGCAGGACCUGUAAGCGGCCAUGAUAUUCUGCUUCGGCCUGCAAUUUUACCCUUGAAGUUUUUUUUUGCCUAUGCCUACCCAAUUUUUGGGUUCCGAUAAUAAAAAUGGCAGUGCUCACUUAAUUCAGUGCA